AUGUCUUCAACAACGAGCAGCUCUCUCGCCCUCACCCACCAUGCCCAACGGCAGGACUUCACCAUGUCCGUUUUAGGUUGCGGUGACAUGGGCAUCGCCAUCCUCAACGGGAUCCUCACCUCGCUCGCUGAGCUCCAGGGCCCCAAGCCUCUGCAGACCUCCGGCACGGCCACUCCCGCCGAGGAGAUCCCAGAGAGGCUCCCGUCUCGCUUCUUCGCCUGCGUGCGGUCCCCCGAGACCGCCAAGCGGGUCAAGAGCGCGCUGUGGGAGCACUCCUCCAUCCUCAAGGUCGUCAGGAACGAGAACAUCCAGUGCGUCCAGCAGUCCGAGGUCAUCCUCCUGGCCUGCCAGGAGAGCAAGGUCAGGAGCAUCCUCGGCGAGCCUGGCAUGGCAAAGGCCCUGCAUGGGAAACUCCUCAUCAGCGUCUGCGCCGGCGUCACGGUAGAGCAGCUCGAGGAGGCGCUCCACGGCGCCGUCCCGUCCAAGGACCCCUCCGAGGACGGACGCUGCCGCAUCGUCCGCGCCAUGUGCAACACCGCCGCUCUGAUCCGCGAGUCCAUGACCGUCGUCGCUUCGACCGAGCCGCCUCUGCCUUCAGAGACUGAGUGCCUGGUCACCUGGAUCUUCAGGAGAAUCGGCGAUGUCGUGUACCUCCCCGCCGAGAACAUGGACGCAUCCACGGCUCUCUGUGGCUCCGGUCCCGCGUUCUUCGCUCUCAUGCUGGAAGGCGCCAUUGACGGUGCCGUCGCCAUGGGGCUGCCCCGUCCCCAAGCCAUCAGAAUGGCCACACAGGCCAUGAGGGGAAUGACCGGUCUGGUCCAGAACGGCGAGCACCCUGCGCUCCUCCGUGAGAGCAUCAGCACUCCUGGCGGGUGCACCAUCGGGGGUGUGUUGUCCCUGGAAGAAGCUGGUGUUCGUGGCACCGUCGCCAAGGCGGUGCGUGAGGCCACUGUUGUUGCGAGCCAGCUGGGUCAUGGUGUGCAGAAUGUCAAUGGAACGAGGCGUUCGUGA